UGUGGGACACAUAGUGUGAUAGAAAAAGACGAGCUCCAAUGCCCGGCUUCGCCCGGUUAAUAGUUUAAUCACACAAAUUAUUGAUUUGCAGACACUGUUUGCUAUUAAUGACAGACAGACAGGACAGACAGACAGACAGUACAACUUCAGCGUUGCAAUGCCUCGGUGUUGGCUAGAAAGAUGAUCAGAGUAACAUAUGGACAGAAUGCUGACCAGAGUUUAGAUGUUGUUCAACUUUCAAUUCAGUAAACUAAAUUUCGGUUUGUAGGCUCCAUAGGGGAGCUUUUUAAUGCUAAUUGUUAUUUGUAAUUGUAAUUGUAGUUGUGACACUUGUUGUUCAUUAGCUAUUACUCUAGUUUCACCUGUAUUAGCUUUGAUGUAUAAAAGUAUAUGGAAAUUUGACAGAUAGACAGGACAGACAGACAGACAGGUUGCCUUUAUAGGUAGAGAUUAUAGGAGAACGUAUCUAAAAAUGCGUUUGAUGGUUGGAGAGGCAGAGGGGGUGCCAGGUCACGUACAGUUUUUAUAGAGAGAUCUUUGUAGAUUUCCAAAACUCUCUGCUGUGUAGUGUUGGUUAUCAUCCCUGUGCAAAAAAGUUCCAAUCACAGCACAAAUGUGGGACACAUACAGUGUGAUAGAAAAAGAUGGAAAGAAAUUGGUAUCAAUUUGAUAGUGAGGAUCAGAGCUUUGGCAAAGAUUUACUCAUCGUGUCUCUAAUAGUAAUGUGUGUCUGUCCAGAAAGACCGUUGUUUGGACAGACACUGGUGACAGACAAUGUGGGAGAUAAUGAAAUGGGAAGGGUAGGUGAAUCGGUGGUUAAAUUGUUAGAUGGCCGAGUGGGUGGACAAGCAAGGAGUCAUUUGUUUGUUAUGGUAGUCUGCAGGAUUCACAUGGCAAACAAUUCAUCUGAAUGGAAGCAUAGUGACGAGGAGAGUUCAGAUGAUUGUGAAAAUAUUUUAACCGAAGAGGAGGCAGCUGCAAAGAAAGCGUUCAAGGAGAAACGGCGGCAUCACUACAACGAGUUCCUCAUGAUGCAGAAAGCUCGGCAGCUAAUGACACAAGAUUUCGACGAAGACGAAGACAACGAGGAUUCAACAGAGGCAAAACAGAUGGACAGCUAGUUGGCAAAUUCUAUAGAGAGAACUCGCAGAAUGAUGCAGUCAUGUGAUGAACGACACUAGGAAGACUACAUAAUCAUAGUUCUCUUCAUUACAUUGUACAUAAUGAAACAUUGUGAUUUCAUUGAUUUUAGAUCUGGUUAAAAUAAUUACUGUGCAACACAUAAAUAACAUUGUGCAUAUCGAUAUU